AUGUCGCAGCGCCCAGCGGUGAUUGACUGCCUGAAGAGCAUGAGGAGCCAUGAAUGCGCUUGCAGCAGCGAUGGGAACGGCGAUCUUCAUGGGCAGAGUGGGAUUAUCCCUCCCACUGGCACCGGGCGCCGCGCGGGCGCCCGGUGCCAGUGGAGUGGGGGCUUUUUGGUGGUUAAAACAGCUGUGAUGGUGGCAUGGAGUAAGGAGCAAGGUGUCACCGCACGUCACCGCGCAGUUUUGGCAUGCGUUUCACUCUUUACAGUAGAACGUUUGUGA